AUGAGUGUGCGCGCGGGGCAGGGUAGCGACGAGGUGCUUGUGUCCCAGGCAGUGUGGGACUACUUGGCCGCCGCCGGCCGGCCCUGGCUCAUAGACUUCCAGGACAAGCAGGGCCUCAUCGCCGGCAUCAUCCGCAGAGGGGAGCGGGGAGGCUGCUGCGCAGUGCGGCUACGCCCCGUAGAGGGCUCCCGUUCUGGGGGAGGACCUGGGAUGAUGGAGGGGGGACCGAUCUCCAAUGAGACCCUUAAGUCCUUCAUAGACUUAUGCCGCUGCGCCCGGAAAGAGAUGAGCAAACAGGAGACGGGUCCUAAGUGGAAGAGGUCUGUGCUGCCCUGUGUUGGGGUGGGGGUCCUGGAGGGGGAUGGAGAGGGGAGCCUGCUACCACCUCAGCCUCCCCAGCCCAGACGCUCUCAGAGGCAGCAACAGAGGUAUAGGAAGCCUGCGGAGGAUGAGGCCUGUGUGGUCCUCUCCAACUCUAUGAACUGCAUGUCCCACGAUGCAUCAGGACAGAGGAAGCAGGACAACAUGGAAGUCAAGUGCAGUAUGAUGGCAUCCUCUCAUAGCCACUCCCACAGUGAAGCAGACGACCACACCUCAUGUUCCAUCUGCAUGGGCGACAUGGUGGAGAGGACGACACUGGAGAGGUAUAGCUACGUAUUUCAAGUUUUAAUGUCACAUGCACAAGUACAGUGAAAUUCCUUUCUUGCAAGCUCUAACCCCAACAAUGCUGUAAUCAAUAACAAUGUAAUACUACAAAUAACAAGGUAGAACAAAAACACACAAGCUACAGAAAUAAGAAAUAAGAAGAACACAAUAAAGUAAGUAAGCAUACUAUAUACAGGGUCAGUUCCAGUACCAUAUUUACAAUGCGCAGGGAUACUGGAUCGAUAGAGGUAGAUAUUUAUUGGGCUAAGGUGACUAGGCAUCAGGAUAAAUGAUAAACAGUAGCAGCAGCAUAUUUGAUGUGAGUGGGUGUGUGUAGAGUCAGUAUAAAUGUAUGUGCAUAUGUGUGUGUGAGCAAAUGAAGGAGUGAGUGUUUGUAUGUGGGUUGGAGUAUCAGAGUGUGUAGGGCCCUGUGAGUGUGCAUAGAGACCGUGCAAAAAUAAGAAUUAAACACUAAGGUCAACUCAGUCCGUGUAGACAUUUAGCAGUUUUAUGGCAUUGGGAUAGAAGCUGUUCAGGAGCCUGUUGGUGUCAGAAUUGAUGCACCGGUACCGCUUGCCGUGGUGUUGAAUAAUUAUUGUGAUUUUUCCAAAUGAUGAAAUGUGUACCCUUCAAAUUAGUGGAUUCGGCUAUUUCCGCCACACCCGUUGUUGACAGGUGUAUAAAAUCGAGGACACAGCCAUGCAAUCUCCAACAAACAUUGGCAGUAGAAUGGCCCGUACUGAAUAGCUCAGUGACUGUCAACGUGGCACCGUCAUAGGAUGCCACCUUUCCAAAAGUCAGUUCAUCAAAUUUCUGCCCUGCUAGAGCUGCCCGGUCAACUGUAAGUGCUGCUAUUGUGAAGUGGAAACGUCUAGAAGCAACAACGGCCCAGCCGCGAAGUGGUAGGCCACACAAGCUCACAGAACGGGACUGCCGAGUGCUGAAGCACGUAAAAAUCAUCUGUCCCCAGUUGCAACACUCACUACCGAGUUCCAAACUGCCUCUGGAAGCAAUGUCAGCACAAUAACUGUUCGUUGGGAGCUUUAUGGAUGCCAGGAAAUUGCUACCUGCCCGAAUGCAUAGUGCCAACUGUAAAGUUUGGUGGAGGAGGAAUAAUGGUCUGGAGCUGUUUUUCAUGGUUCGUUCCAGUGAUGGGAAAUCUUAACGAUUCUGUGUUUCCAACUUUGUGGCAACAAUUUGAGGAAGGCCCUUUCCUGUUUCAGCAUGACAAUGCCCCCAUGCACAAAGCAAGAUCUUGACUGGAAGAACUUGACUGGCCUGCACAGAGACCUGACCUCAAUCCCAUCAAACAUCUUUGGGAUGAAUUGGAACGCCGCCUGCGAGCCAGGCCUAAUCGCACGACCUCACUAAUGCUCUUGUGGCUGAAUGGAAGCAAGUCCCUGCAGCAAUGUUCCAACAUCUAGUGAAAAGCCUUCCCAGAAGAGUGGAGGCUAUUAUAGCAGCAAAGGGGGGACCAACUCCAUAUUAAUGCCAAUGAUUUUAGAAUGAGAUGUUCGACGAGCAGGUGUCCACAUACUCUUGGCCAUGUAGUGUAUGUAAUGUUUUCAAAAUUGUAAGUAAAAUCUCUCUCUCUCACUCCAUCCCAAGGUGUGGCCACGCAUUCUGCCGUACAUGUCUGGACCAGGCCUUCAAGGUGAAGAGAGCGUGUCCGGUGUGUCGUCUGGUGUACGGCCAGCUCAUAGGCAAUCAGCCGGCUACUGGGAGUAUGAUGGUGGAGAGGGACCCAGAUCUCGAGUUGCCGGGACAUGAGGGCUACGGGUGUAUCUGCAUCAUCUACAGCUUCCCACCUGGUCUACAGGCGGUGAGUGUGUAUAUAUGACAAAAGAAACACGUUUAUGAGAAAAACCACAAGGAGGUGUAUGUACAGAAAUGGGAACUAGUAAGAAGUUUUGUUCUAGUCCACUUCCAGGGCUUUGCUGUCUCUGACGCAGCAUUUACAUUGCUAACUUAUCUCUUUAGUAGUAUUCCGUUUUAUAUAACAUUUUUAUUACUGAUGAAUACUUCAUGGACUCACAAACCACCCUUCAAAUCGAAGUUUAUUGGUCGCAUACACAGAUUUGCAGGUGUUAUGGCAGAUGCAGUGUUACUAGCUCCAACAGUGCAUUAGAAUGUCUCAAAUACAAAACAAAUAAUUUUAAAAAUCUAAACAAGAAAUCACAAUCCAAGUAGAUAUAUUAGAGUGAGCAUGUGUGAGAAUCCAGAAUAUAAAUAUGUGGUGUGCAUAGACGGUAUAUAAUUUGGAAAAGAAAAUGGUAUGUACAGUAAUAGGCAUAUUAUGAUGAGAUAUGUCGAAUAUAGUAUAUACAUACACAGUGAGUAAACAACCGUAUAUGAGGGUAUUUCUAUAUACUACGGUACCAGUGAGGAUUUCCUGCACUGGACUUGUUACGGCUGUUGAUAAGUCAUUGAUAAUAAUCUGCCUAUUGUAUUCAUGUCAUUACAUUAAGAUAUAAGGGGGGAUCAUAGUCAAUACAAUUCACAAGUUGAUGUUUAACCCUCUUGAUGUAUUUCUCCAAAAUUGUGUGACAUAAAACAACUUUACUGUCCUAGAAUUUAUGGCAGUGUAAGUUGACGUUAUAUCAUAUAUUAAGCAUUAAUCAGUUUAACUAGACAUUGAAUUUGAACCCUGUAAGAUUCCUGGAUCUAGCUGUUGGGCAGUUGUUGGUAUAGAGAUCUCAAAUGCAGUGUGCCAAAAUAACAUUUAGUGUCUCCUUAUGUUACGGGGUGAAAACAGUUUUCAUGGGCACACAAAUCCAAAAGAAUGUAUGCAUUGCAAAAUCAAAUGCUUCUAACCUAAAUAGUCACCUUAUCGUGAUACUUAAAACCUAAAUCAAUACUGUCAUUUAACGUGCUUCUUCAAUAAUUAUGCAUAAUACUUGUUGGAUGCACAUUUGGUGUCCAGCUGAUUUAGUAAUGCCGUGAUAUUUUCACACCAUCAUCUGAUCCAGGAAGGAAUUUUCCGAAUGUGAGUGAAGUGAUGAACAGCUGUUCUGAUGGCGCAUGCGACGCGACAACGGCCCAAGUGCUGGAAAAAAGGUGUUUGCGAGGAGUGUCCAGAAUAUUUUGGUGUCUCAUUCGUUAUGCCGGUGAAGAAAAAAAAAAAGUAUUUGAUCCCCUGCUGAUUUUGUACGUUUGCCCACUGACAAAGACAUGAUCAGUCUAUAAUUUUAAUGGUAGGUUUAUUUGAACAGUGAGAGACAGAAUAACAACAAAAAAAUCCAGAAAAAUGUCAAAUGCAUUUUAAUGAGGGAAAUAAGUAUUUGACCCUUCUGCAAAACAUGACUUAGUACUUGGUGGCAAAACCCUUGUUGGCAAUCACAGAGGUCAGACGUUUCUUGUAGUUGGCCACCAGGUUUGCACACAUCUCAGGAGGGAUUUUUUCCCACUCCUCUUUGCAGAUCUUCUCCAAGUCAUUAAGGUUUCGAUGCUGAUGUUUGGCAACUCGAACCUUCAGCUCCCUCCACAGAUGUUCUAUGGUAUUAAGGUCUGGAGACUGGCUAGGCCACUCCAGGACCUUAAUGUGCUGAGGGAAGGAGGUUCUCACCCAAGAUUUGACGGUACAUGGCCCCGUCCAUCGUCCCUUUGAUGCGGUGAAGUUGUCCUGUCCCCAUAGCAGUUGAUGCCAAAGAGUUGAGUUGAUGCCAAAGAGCUCCAUUUUGGUCUCAUCUGACCACAACACUUUCACCCAGUUCUCCUCUGAAUCAUUCAGAUGUUCAAUGGCAAACUUCAGACAGGUCUGUAUAUGUGCUUUCUUGAGCAAGGGGACAUUGCGGGCGCUGCAGGAUUUCAGUCCUUCACGGCGUAGUGUGUUACCAAUUGUUUUCUUGGUGACUAUGGUCCCAGCUGCCUUGAGAUCAUUGACAAGAUCCUCCCGUGUAGUUCUGGGCUGAUUCCUCACCGUUCUCAAGAGUGGGCUCCUAAUCUCAGCUCGUUACCUGUAUAAAAGACACCCGGGAGCCAGAAAUCUUUCUGAUCUUUCAAUUUAUAACAUUUUUGACAUGUGUUUUUCUGGAUUUUUUUUGUUAUUCUGUCUCUCACUGUUCAAAUAAACCUACCAUUAAAAUUAUAGACUGAUCAUGUCUUUGUCAGUGGGCAAACGUACAAAAUCAGCAGGGGAUCAAAUACUUUUUUCCCUCAAUGUAUAUCAUAUUGUUCCUGUUCUUUUCUAACAUUCCUCUGAAUUCUGCCUGGGUCCUGAAGCCGGAGCACCCUAACCCUGGUGUAAGCUACCCGGGUACGGACCGCGUGGCGUACCUUCCAGACACCUCAGAGGGGAACCGGGUCCUGGGCCUGCUCCGCCGGGCCUUCGAGCAGCGCCUCAUCUUCACUAUAGGGACCUCCAUGACCACGGGAAUGCAUAAUGUCAUUACCUGGAACGACAUCCACCACAAGACCUCCAUAUGGGGCGGACCACGCUGGUAUGGAAAUGCCUGUAUUUACUGAAGGCUAAUGGAGAUUUUAGUAUGUUUGUGAGAUGUGACAAAGCAAUGUUUACAUUUGUUUAAAAAAGCUAUCUAUGAACGCUCACAAGGUAUUUAUUUAUUUAUUUAUUUAUAUGUAUUACACACAUACAAGUCACAUAGAAUCACAUGGCUUUGACAGAAAAAGAAAGCUAUCCAUGUUUUGAGCAUGUGGUGAGAGGUUAAAUUAUGAUUUCUGAAGGCACUCUAGCUGUUCCUGCGAUUACAACUCUCAAUGACAUGCUAAUGGUGUUUUUCUUUAAUUUCCCCUGACAGCUUUGGCUACCCAGACCCCACUUACCUGGUGAGAGUGACUGAGGAACUCCGAGAGAAAGGCAUCACUGCAGACUGA